UGUCGCCGCCGGCCGCCGGCGCUCGGUCGGCCCGACAGUCGAGCCGAGUCGCCGGCGCGGGUGGUGCGUAGUCGGCGUGACGACCGGAGUAGACGGGGCCGCGCUCGGCCUAUAGGACUCGUGAGCGCGCCGGAGGACUCCCAGAGGCGGCGCCGGGUCUGACAGUGGUGAAUCGCGGCCACGGGCUGACCCAGACUCUGCAGCGACGCUGGCCGACGCCCCGUGGAGUCGCCCUGGCAUCGCCGCUGACCGGGAGGCUCGUCCGACGCAGUUCUGUCCUGGAUACUCUUUCGAACACGACUGGCUACCACGCGAAUCGGCACCAUGGGCCGGAGAAAAAUACAAAUAUCGCGCAUCACCGAUGAAAGAAAUCGACAGGUGACAUUCACGAAGCGCAAGUUCGGCCUGAUGAAGAAAGCCUACGAGCUGAGUGUGCUGUGCGACUGCGAGAUAUCUCUCAUCAUGUUCAACUCGUCCAACAAGCUGUUCCAGUAUGCCAGUACAGACAUGGACAAGGUGCUGCUCAAGUACACCGAAUACAACGAGCCUCACGAGUCUCGCACCAACAAGGAUAUUCAGGAGGCGCUGAGCAAGAAGGAGCACAAGAACGACGGUCUGGCGGGCGCCGACAGUCCGGAGCCGGAGGACUUUCCGGCUCCGGUGCAGCAGGAGCCGCCAGCGGCCAAGUACAACCACUACCAGCGCCUGAUGCACCCCGGCCUCAACAGGACGGAGGACAGCCCUGCAGGAGGCUAUCCGUCCGCGGAGGACGGCGGACAGUACCAGUCCCCGGAGAACGGGCACGGCUCUCUGCUGCAGGCGGCCUCUCCUCCACUGCAGCAGCACUCGCUCAGUCCCCGUCAGAUGCAGCACCACGCAGUCAGCCCUCGGCCCGGGUCAUCACAGGGUCUGCUCAGCUCUCCAGUACCGUACCCGUCCACCUCCACUCCGCCGGAGCCUCCAGUGAGCUCCAACGGCUCGCAGCUGAAGGCCGCCCUCGCCGGAGCCAGGCAGACCUCACCCGUGGACGUCGCAGUGUCUCGCGGUGGAGGUGGCGGCGGACCGCUCUCUGCCGAGUACGGCGGGUACCCUCCGGUGUGCGGUGCCUCCACCGGCGGCGGGCAGGAGUUCGGCGGCCAGGAGCUGCAGCCGGGCGGCCUGUCUGUGCCGGCCGGCUGGCGCACCGGGCCGCCGGGCCUGCAGCAGGUCCACCCGUCCCAUCAGAACCACCACAGCCAGCAGAGCCAUCAGAACCAGCAGCAGCACAUGCACCACCACAGCGUGCUCUCGAUGGGCGGCGGGCCGUGCCUGUCACCGUCGCCGGGCGCCGGUGACCGCUCACCGCUGUCGGCGGUGAAGACGGAGCGCUGCUCGCCGCCGUACAGGGAGCGGCUGGACGUGCACGCGGGCCACCCGGGCCUGCGGCUGGCACCGGACGGCCAUGGGCUGCAGGCACCGCCCGGCGCCGGCCUCGGACACGGACCACCGCAGCUGGGCCGCCGUCCGGUGCCAGGCAGUUUCUGUCUGGACUCCACCGACCCUUCUCUGCAGCACGAGUCGGGCCCGCUGCACAAGCGGCCGCGUGUCUCCGAGACAUGGGUCACCUAACUGGCGAGAUGCAUCCGGUAGGGGAGUGCGAGGGAUUUCGGCCGGGCUCGGGAGAGUGACCCGGCCCGGCCCGGCUCAGAGAGACAGAGAUGACCUGGGGUCGCGCCUCGGUCUGAUACGGGUCGGCCAGCGGCUCUGAGCGGCGCCUUAGCUGUGCGGGUGGGCAGGGUGCACCCGACUGAUGUGUCUGCCGCCUGUCCCGGCGUCUCCGGGCCGGCCUGCCGCGGGCUCUUCGGGUGCGCUGACCGUGCCGCCGAGGGACCUCACGCCGUCCGUUCCCCCGUUACGAUGGCUUCACUGUACAAACUGCUACCUGCUGGAGGGCGGCGACCGAGUCGCGGCGCGCGGCUGGCCGGCCUGUCCCACACCGACACCUCUGCAGCCGAGGGAGGGGGCGCUGCGGCCGGGGAUUGUGAUGGACUGUGUUCACGUGUUUAGUGUGCUCCCGGUGUUGGCUGGCCUGCGUUGGUGGAGUGUCGCGCUGCGGGUUCACGUCCACUGUUCGAGUGAGCCCAUUUAGUGGUGAUUCAGAGCGUGUGUUGGGAGCUGCUGACGCGACAGCGCUCAGAGCCACGCUACGCGCGUAUCCAUGGAAACCUGCAUGUCUUGUAGAAACCGAAGGAUACUAUCCUCGUGUGCUUUUCUGUGUUAAUGUGCUUCUCAUAAGUGUUUCCACCCGAAUUCUGUAUGUAGCUGUCUUAUCCCUAUGUUGUUGGCGAACACUUACCUACGCACAAUAGUUUUAUGAAUUGACAGGAUAGUUCCGCUGAUUUAAGGUUAUGUUGAUUGAUAUGACUGCGUACUUCUUUUGUAGUACGGGGGAUGCAUUCUUCUUUCCUGUUAUCUUUUAUUUGUGAAGGUUUCCUCCAAGCGAAGUGUGGAUGUACUCUUUCAUUGAAUCAUGCAUGCACAAUGUACAUCGCAUGUAAAUCUUAAACGCUAAUGUCAACGUAAAAGCCUGCAUGCCAACACUAUUAAAGGAAGAUGAAAGUACGGGGCUGUGAACCAUACUGGUGUGGUCAGUACUGGAAGAUGGAGGAUGAAUAGCCCGCGCACACCAAGGUUUUGGAUCUUUGUUUUGACUGGUGUAUUCUGAAGUGGUUUUGAGAAAAAUUUUAAACUUUAUUUUAGAGGUAAUACGAAAAAUAUUCGUUAGAAAUAUGGAUAGGUAGGUAGUCAACAAUCAUUUGUCACCUUGGCUGAUACAUCGUCCACUUUGCUCUGGUAAUUUUAUGUACUUACGUGCUACACAGCAAGCCUUUUCUUUAUUCGUACUUCUUGGCCUUUUGGGUUGAAAUUUGCAUCAAUGAUUGCGCUGGACAGCUUUGACGGGCUCUAAACGGUCCAGUGGCUGUGAAAAUGUUGAAGGUUACGGGGGAAAAUGUUACGGUUAGCAAAGUUCAAUAUAGAAAACGGGUCAACGCUCCAAGCGCUUCAUCAAGUCGUUAAUUGCCGUUUCUUUCAGACGUCAACUGAUCGAUUUACCCUACAUCAAUUACAGAAUCACAAACAAUAAACAACACGCGCUUCAAUUUUCAAACAGGAUUGAAACAUUCUGGUUAAAUCAACGACAUUGCUUGCAUUUGCUAUAUUACCAUGUCACAAGAUUGCUCACGUUUGCAACCGCUCACUUCUGCUCACAAAAUACCGCAGUGUCACCCGAGAUGGUUGUUAUUGAAACGGGUGAAGACUUCCAUGUUACAAAUGGCUGAUGUACAGCAAGGCCCUCAACUAAAGUAGAUAUAUAUUAUAUAGUUAGAACGCAUUGCCCAUCGACAUGAAAGUUGCAGUUACUACGAAGUCAUUUGUUGACGAAUGAACCUUGUGUAAAAUCAUGCGAAGGCCCGUUCCGACAGUGUUGCGGGACAACCUUUUCUCGGGACGAUGAAAAUGUUAACAUUUAUAUCAGAAAGUGUGGAAUGGUCUCACAUUAUGAAAAACCUGAUGUCCAGAGCCCCGGUCCAUUAUAUAUAUGUUUCUCGGCCCAGUGGUUUGAUUUGAACGUCUCAAUAUGCGAUGCUGAAAAAUGCCAUCGCAAUUCGUAUAUUUUUGCUUUUGAUCCUCGAGUGGCAUUUGCACUUUAUUCAGUUGCUGGUAACCACCGGCCCUUUUCAUGAAUAAGUAGGUAUGCGUAAAAGGAGUCGAGUUAUUUGAUGGGGAGGGAGUACCUAUCGGUUCAAUUUUUCAGAUUGUAUUGAUGUUGACGCCUGUAUUACCGAUGCGUUCACCUUCCAUGGGAAGGAAGUUUACACCUCGACGGGACAACUCCUAUUCAGAAGCCAAGUGGCAACUGCUCGUGCUAGUUCGGGAGCUCUGCUUGAUAGUUUCGCUUCAUUCUGUGGCUUCUUUUCAAGUGCUUGAUUUCUCGAACGGAUGUGACUUUAUCUGUAGCCUGGAUUCCCGUGCAUUUAUUUGUUACUGUGCUGUUGCUUUGUUUUUGCAGAAAUACAAUGUACAUGGUGGAA